CGCCGUAGCACAAGAAGAAGAGUCAGAAGAAGAAAGCAGUAGCGAGAAAAAUGGCGAUGGCAAGCAAAGUGAAAGAUGUGUCCCCUCACGAGUUUGUCAAGGCCUACGCUGCUCAUCUUAAACAAUCCGGCAAGAUUGAGCUUCCUGAAUGGACCGAUAUCGUGAAGACUGCUACAUUUAAGGAGCUAGCUCCUUAUGACCCUGAUUGGUAUUAUAUCAGAGCUACAUCUAUGGCAAGGAAAAUCUACUCGAGGGGUGGUCUUGGUGUUGGUGCCUUCCGUAGGAUCUAUGGAGGAAGCAAGAGGAACGGAAGCCGCCCACCACACUAUGGAUAA